AUGGUGGGGUCUAUUCCAGAGAGCCCACUGCCUCCCCCACACUCCCUGCUGCCGAUGCCAGUUCCAGUGUUACAGACGGUCUGGUUUGUGCUGCAUCAGAGGUUUCUGCCAAGCGGAUUCCUGUAUGGGGUCCCUGCCUCUGUCAUCACUCCUCGAGUGUCGUCGCCAGCGCAGCCACCACUGCACCUGAUGCCACAGCCAUCGCCACCUCUGUUGCUGGGUCCUGUGCGGCCGUCAUCUCCGACGGUUCCACUCACGCCUCUGGCGCCGACUGCUGACCUUGACAAGGACAUCACUGUGGACAUACUGUCCCCAUUCUGCCCUAUGGCCUCUCACGAGAGGGGAGAUGGCACACCAAAAUGCCCCCUCACCACUUCCGCCCAUACUCACUGGUACCUGCCUGCCACAUGCGGCAGCAGCCACCAGUGUCAGGAGAUGAAAUGGAUAUAA